AUGACUAGUUCUCAUUACAGAUUUGCUGACUGUAAACUCACUGAUAAGUCCUGUGAGAUUGUUACUUCAGUUCUACAAUCACCAAACUCACUGCUACAGCUGGACUUGAAUCACAAUGAUCUGGGGGAUUCUGGAGUUCAGCUUCUCUCUAAAGGACUGUCCAGUUUGAACUGCAAAAUACACACAUUAAGGCUCUCUGAUUGUCUCAUCACAGAGAAGGGUUGUGGUUUUCUGGCUUCAGCUCUGACUUCAAACCCCUCCCAUCUAAAAGAGCUGGAUCUGAGCUACAAUCAUCCUGGAGAAUCAGGACUGAAGCUGUUAUCUGCUAGACUGGAGGAUCCUGCCUGUAAACUGGAGAUACUUAAAACUGACCAUGCUUCUUUAGACAGAGCACGACCACGUUUGCUGAGAUUUUCCUGUGAGUUCACACUGGACCCAAACACGGCACACAGACGUCUCCUUCUGUCUGAGGGGAACAGGAAGGUGACGGGGGUGAAUAAGGAGCAGCCGUAUCCUGACCACCCAGACAGAUUUACUGGCUACUGGUCCCAGGUGCUGAGCAGAGAGCCUCUGACUGGACGCUGCUACUGGGAGUGGGAGUGGAGUGGGGGGAGUGUUGAUGUGGGAGUGGCCUAUAAAAGCAUCAGCAGGAGUGAAGAUAUCAGAAUCUCUCCCAAGGCCUGGUGUCUGCGCUGUUACAGUGACAAAUACAGCGCCUGGCACAAUGGAAAUGGUACUGACCUCCCCGUCCCCCCCGCAGGCUGCAGGAGAGUAGGAGUGUAUGUGGAGCGUGAGGUCGGCACUCUGUCCUUCUACAGGGUCUCCUCUGAUACUCUCACACACCUGCACACCUUCACCACCACAUUCACUAGUGAGCCCCUACAUGCAGCGUUUCAUGUUUAUUCUGACUCAUCAGUGUCUCUGUUCUAGAUCACAUGACCUGCUGCAGGACACACACACACACACACACACACACACACACACACACACAC